GUUUGAGUUUGUUUGCAGUGUGCUCCACUGAAUUUACUCACAUUGAUUGUGGGAAGUGUGCAAAGUAACUCGGGCUUCGCGCUUUUGCGUGUUUAAUGCAUAUUUUGCAUUUAUCGGUCUUGUGAUUCUCUCUCGCUUUUUUGAGCAUCUUUGUCCAGUUUGAGAUUCUUAAGUUUUUUAAAUAGUGGUAUUAUAUAAUAUGGGUCCGAAACAGAGUAUUCAGUCUGCGGGAGUUCGGGUCCGAUCUUACUCCGGUUCCGAUCUGAACUUCUCGGACGGAAGAGCUGCGGUUCUGCGUUUUUACGCGGGUGGUUCGACGGGACAGAUCGGUGAACGGUUCCAGUAUUCGCCACAAAGACCGCGUUCGUUCACCCAUAGCGGCGUUAUCCCGAUCGGCGGCCGGAGAGAUGAGACAGACGGGCAGAGAACACUGCUGAUCGGGUCCUUACCUGCACACCUCACACCUCACAUGCUGGGCGCUGGAUUUGACUGUCCCGUCUGCUCAAAGUUUGUCUGUUCUGAUGAAAUAGAAGAUCAUUUGCUCAUGUGUUUCUCCAAACCCAGACUUCAUUAUAAUGAUGAUGUUUUGUCCCGGGAAUCUGGCGAGUGUUCGAUAUGUCUAGAAGACAUGAUUCAGGGGGACACAAUUGCUCGACUGCCUUGUCUCUGUGUCUACCACAAAGGGUGUAUUGAUGAAUGGUUUGAGGUCAACAGGUCGUGUCCAGAACAUCCUACAGAUUAACAUUAAAGCAGAUAUUUCCACUAAAGAAGACCAGCAGAGAAGGGCUCAGCAUUUUUUUUUUCUCCAGGAUCUGACUCGCUUUGACACUAAAUGAUAAAUCCAUCAUUAUCUGAGACCUAUAUGGACCUGUGACCUGCUUUGCCAAAUCUAAAUGAAAUCUUUGCACAUACCUUGCACAGUUCUGUAAGCAGACCUAAAGGCUGUUUAACAGUAAUCUAGCUGCUGUCUUUACAUGAAGCUUUUCAGAGAUUAGAUGGUGGACUGCAGUAUCACUACUUCAUAGGUUAGGGUAACAUUUCAGUGGUUUCAUGAUUGAUAACCACAAGAUGGAAUAUAUUUUCCAUAACAGGACUUUAUGUUGAACUGUUUUAGCUGAAGUAGGAGUUGUUUAGAAAAGACAUAAAUAUAGAGGGCAAUGAGAGAAUGUGAUUACAGCAAGAACACAAAAGAUAUUUUCUGUACACAUAAAUUUGUGAAAUUAUAUUUUAAAUAGAUGAACCCCCUGUAAAUGUUUUUGAUAAAUGCUGUUAAUUUUUUUCCCAAUGUGCUGCUGUGUAUAUAACUAGUUACUAACAAUAUAUAUAUAUAAUAUAUAAAUAAAUUCUGA